CUAAGACUUCUCCUCUGCUGCCCAUGGUGCAGGGAUAGCUGCCGUCUUCAGUCAACCCAAAGCUCUCCAAAGAGAAGGCUGGCUCUAGACAGGUGGUAUAUACAUGAUAGUAGAGUAACUGGCCAACUGCUUCUUGUGCUUCUAUUUUUAUUUUUUUUUUUAUUUUUACUCUGCAUUUUUUGAUUGUUUGUAUAUUUGAUAACCUGAGCGUUGAAGUUCUGAAUGAAUUUUUUUUUUUUAAAUGUUCUAUUUCUCUUUAACUGUUAUAAAUGUGGUGUGUUGCUUAUAUGAUAAAGUGAAUUAAGGUGGGGUUUAAAGCUUUAAAAGGGAUGAAUUUACAACAAAAAAAAUGAAUAGUUUGAAAGAUACAAUUAUCUCAAAUGUUUAAAUGAAAAAACCAGUACGUGUGUGAAGCUUGGAGACAAAAUGUGAUAUUUAGAGACACUUCCCAGAAGCAUUGCAUGGAGCAGUGGAAUGGGAUUUUGGACUGCCAGGAAUGUGCUGGUUGUGGAAGGAGGGGAGGGGAAGGGCAGGGAGGGAAUGACCCCAGCUGGGAGAGGGGUCAGGUGUUACAAUAACACAUCUGUGUGCUCGUGUUUGGUGCUUCCAGUACCCAGAAACUGCUGGGUAUCCAGUGUCAUUGGUUUUUGAAAUGUGCAUUUUUCCAACAUGACCUUUUUCUUAAGCUAUUGUGACAAGGAUUCAUUUCCUCCUGUGUCUGACUGAGCCCACAGGGAAGAUGUGCAGAGGCCAAACUUGGAAGCUGGUGUGGUUCUCAAUUUGGCAAGUCAGAAAUAAAAAAGCUUUGUAGCUUCCAGAUGUUCAAAGUCAACCUUGCCUUUAGAAUUCCUUUGGCCAAAAGCAACCUUACUGAAAUGGGACAAUUUGGAAACCUUAUUUCAUGUGCCAAAGAGGAGAUCUGCCUGAAUUCUGACUGUUCUCCUGAACUGAUCUUCCCAAACACCCUGAUUUCUCCUAUGGCUGACUUUUUGCAUCAAAAAGAAUUCAGUUCUGGAUGGAAAUGGACCCUUAAACCCCCCUGGGAGUUGAGCUGUGCUGAAGAGGACUGGAUUUCAUGGGACAACUGCUCCAGGAGCUGCAGCUUUUACCACACACCUGGUUCUGCCCUAUUGCAGGGGCACAUGUGAACCUAAAAUUCUAUAUCUGAGUAUUUCUGAGCACACUGAAUGUUGUCUUGGUGAAAAGAACUUGUUUAUUGCAUGAGAGCAGGCCAGUAGAGAUCCAGCAGCAAAAGUGAAGUUAAAAUUGGUUCUCUUCUCACCACUGAAUUUUCAGCAGUCAGACUUUGUUUCUGUCACACAUCCCUCCCCUUGAGGGAUUUAAUUUUAGUUAUUUCUUUGAUUUUUUUUCUUGUAGUAAAAUCAUUCAGCUUCUCUUUAGAUUUACAGGAAUAUAAUGUUGAAGUCUAGUAACUGAAUGCAGAAAGAAAUAGCCCUUGUAGAAGUAAAACCAAGUCAAAAAAACCCAAAACCAGAGCCCCAAGGAGCUUUGCAGUGCUUUGCAACCUCCUGCUCUCCUGUUUUUCAGGAACUACAUGAACGACAGCCUGAGAACUGAUGUGUUUGUGAGGUUCCAGCCAGAGAGCAUUGCCUGUGCCUGCAUUUACCUGGCAGCCAGGACACUGGAGAUCCCUCUUCCAAAUCGCCCGCAUUGGUUUUUACUGUUUGGAGCAACAGAGGAAGAAAUUCAAGAAAUCUGCUUAAAAAUCUUGCAGCUCUACACGAGGAAAAAGGUGGAUUUAUCUGAUCUGGAAAGUAAAAUAGAAAAGAAGAAAUUGGCUAUUGAAGAGGCAAAAGCACAAGCUAAAGGUCUGGUACCUGAGGGAGUUCCGAGCUUGGAUAACACAUCGGGAUUUUCCCCUAUCCCAAAAAAUGAGUCUCCAAAAGAGGUGAAAGGAAAUAAACCCUCACCCCUACCUGUGCAGGCCAUGAAGAAUGCCAAAAGGAAAACAGAGGGAGCCAAGAGAACCAGCUCCAACAGCCCAGUCAAUGGUGUCCAGAAAGGAAGAGAGAGCAGGAGUCGAAGUGGAAGCAGAGAUCAGAGUUACUCAAGGUCCCCAUCGAGGUCUGCAUCCCCCAAGCACAGGAAGAGCGAGAGCUACUCCACGUCCAGCGGCUCCAAGUCCCAGAGCCGCUCGCGGAGCCGCAGCGAUUCCCCCCCGAGGCAGCUCAACCACGGCUCUGCCUACAAGGGCUCCAAGGGCCGCGGCUACAAGAAAUCCAAGGACUACAGCAAAUACCAGGAGGGGCACAAGGGCCGCAGGUCCCGCUCCCGGAGCUCGUCCCGCUCCCGCAGCCGCUCCCGCGAGCGCCCCGAGCACGCGGGCAAGUACAAGAAGAAAGGACAGGGACACUACUACCGCAACCACCGGCACGAGAGAGCCCGCUCCUACGAGAGAGGGCACCGCUAUGACAGGGACAGGGACAGGGAGAGGGACAGGGAGCACCCCGGGCACAGCCGGCACCGCCGGUGAGACACACACAGACAGACAGACAGAGCAGCCUGGGCACAGCCGGUGAGAGACAGACGGACAGAGAGAGCAGCCUGGGCACAGCUGGUGAGACAGACAGACAGAGAGCAGCCUGGGCACAGCUGGUGAGACAGACAGAGAGCAGCCUGGGCACAGCCGGUGAGAGACAGACGGACAGAGAGAGCAGCCUGGGCACAGCUGGUGAGACAGACAGGCAGAGAGAGCAGCCUGGGCACAGCUGGUGAGAGACAGAGACAGAGAGAGCAGCCUGGGCACAGCUGGUGAGAGACAGACGGACAGAGAGAGCAGCCUGGGCACAGCUGGUGAGAGACAGACAGACAGAGAGAGCAGCCUGGGCACAGCCGGUGAGAGACAGAGAGAGCAGCCUGGGCACAGCUGGUGAGAGACAGACAGGCAGAGAGAGCAGCCUGGGCACAGCUGGUGAGAGACAGACGGACAGAGAGAGCAGCCUGGGCACAGCCGGUGAGAGACAGAGACAGAGAGAGCAGCCUGGGCACAGCUGGUGAGAGACAGACGGACAGAGAGAGCAGCCUGGGCACAGCUGGUGAGAGACAGACGGACAGAGAGAGCAGCCUGGGCACAGCUGGUGAGAGACAGACGGACAGGGAGAGCAGCCUGGGCACAGCCGGUGAGAGACAGACGGACAGAGAGAGCAGCCUGGGCUCAGCUGGUGAGAGAGACAGACAGAGAGAGCAGCCUGGGCACAGCCGGUGACAGAGAGAGCAGCCUGGGCACAGCUGGUGAGAGACAGACGGACAGAGAGAGCAGCCUGGGCACAGCUGGUGAGCCCCGCUGCUGCUCCCGGGGGGAUUCUCACUGGUGGGUCCUGCUGGGGCUGCUCUGGGGGGAUUCCUGCUGGUGAGCCCUGCCAGGGCUGCUUCCCAAGAGGAUUCUCACUGGUGAGCCCUGCUAGGGCUGCUUCCCAAGAGGAUUCUCACUGGUGAGCCCUGCUAGGGCUGCUUCCCAAGAGGAUUCCUGCCCAGGGCCACUUCCUGAGGGAAUUCCUGCUGGUGAGCCCCAGGGGCUACUUCCCAAAGGAAUUCCUCCUGGUGAGCCAGGGCUGCUUCCUGGAAUUCCCAGAGGGAAUUCCCUCUGGUGAGCUGGGGUGCUUCCUGAGGGAAUUCUCUCUGGCACCCGGGCACAGAGCUGGGGGCUGCUUCCCAAGGGAAUGGCCACCAGGGCUGCUUCCCAAGGGAAUGGCCACCAGGGCUGUUUGCUGAGGGAUUUCCUCCAGCAGCCAGGCACAGUUGGUGAGAUGGGGCUGCUUCCCUUGGGAAUUGCCUCUGGCACCACUGGUGAACCAGGGCUAAUUCCCUCUGCCAGCAGAGCUCACUCCCCAUGGCUUGUGCAGGGUUAAUCUGGCUCCUGAGCCAGCAGUUUGUGCCCACCCCUGAAUCCAAAGCAAAGACUGACAGAUGAUGUCAGCAGUGCCACUGUCACCCUCCCAGGGAGCUCCUGUGCUGCUCCUCAGGAUUCCCAUCCCCAGGGCAGUGCAGGCCCUGCAGGCUGCCCAUCCUUGGAAUGCUGUGCCCAGCAGCUCUUCCCUGUGGGGCUGGAAAGCUCCUCAGCCCCCCAGGAGUGGUUUGGUGCUACCAAUGCCCUCUUUUCAUGCUGGCUCGGUGUUGUUGUACAGGUGGGAGGUGAUUUUUUUGUUUGUUUUUUAGUCCUGUUGCCUAUAUUAGGUUCUCUGUGUAUAUAUAUAUAUAUAUUUUGCAGUGUUCCAGUAUGGGAAAACGGCCUUCCUAGCCUUUACACUUUACCCACAAUGUAAAUAAGCAUUUGUUUAAUACAGGUGAAGAUACAUACAGAAAAAUUCAAAAAACUUGAAUUCUAUCCAAAAAAAAAAAAAAGAGACUUGUGUAGAAAAUUCUGAUAAAUGUGAAAGUAUUUAGCUCUGUGCAUUGAGAGUAGAAUAUUUUUAUCUGUGCAAUGCUGUGUGCAGGCCACCAGCUCAGAAGACAUUUCCUAUAUAUCCAUUUGAAGUGGUUGAAAAUUCUUGACUCAGGAUCUUUGACACUCUGAAGAAUUGGUAGUUUGUCAGUCUGCAUGCUUGAUGAACAGAGCAAUUAAAAACCCAAUUAGCAGAGCCCCACAGCCCAGUAGUAUCAGUUCUAGUGGUAUAUCUGAGCUGUUACUCUUAUGCUCCCUAAUUUCAUUAAAGUAUUUGAUUUUCUAUUA